UCCAGCCAAUGAGAUCGAACCUGACUAGAACAAAACAAAGAAUCCCAAAACAGACACUAAAUCAAAAACAAAAUUUCCCCAUAUCCCUUGUGUUCAAAUAGCCAUCUUUUUUUUCCUUCUGGAAAUUAAGCCGUUUUGAAGUUUCCGUUAGGUGUUCGGGCUUCGUGAUCGAGUUUUGGUUUUUGGUCGAAAUUAGGGUAAACCCGUCUUUCCCUUUGGUGGAUUUUAGGGGUUGUGGAAAAUGCUUGGGAGAAACCUGUGGGUUUGGAAUAAAAUAAAAUUUCGUUUGAGAACUUGGUAAUUUGGGGGUGAGAUUUAGCUUUGUAUUUGAAUUUUGUCGUUGAAUGAUUUCGUUAGGGAGUAACGAUGCGAGGAAGGGGCUAGGCCUAGGGUUGGGUGGAAGAAAAAUGGAAGAGGAUGACCUUGAGAAAGGAGAGUCUUGCUCCUACAAUAACAAUAAGGAUGAUUAUGAUGCCUCCACUGAUCCUGAAGCUGAUCUAUCUUCUCUCGCUUACAUAGAUGAAAAACUUCAACAUGUUCUUGGAUAUCUUCAAAAAGAUUUUGAAGGUGGAGUUUCUGCAGAGAAUCUGGGGGCAAAAUUUGGUGGUUAUGGAUCAUUCUUACCUACUUAUACACGUUCUCCUAGUUGGCCUCACCCAAAGAGUCCACCAAGUCAGAGCUGCAAUGCAUCCAUAUCUCCAAAAAAAACGGCGUAUUGGGCUAGUGGGUCACUGUCACGGAAGGCUGGACCACCACCUAUAAAUUUUGGAACCCUCCCUGCUUUGAAGGCAUCGUUUGCGAAAGAUUCAAUUGAACAAGAGGUCAGCAUAACACCUGCUGGUGCUGAUGAGCUUGCCUCCAGGCGUGAAUCUGCAAAUAAAAAAGCUGCCAAUAUGCCAGACCAGAAAAUAUUGAAGGUGCGAAUCAAAGUGGGGCCAGACAACUUGUCGACACAAAAGAAUGCCGCAGUCUACAGUGGUCUAGGCCUUGGUGUCUCGCCAUAUUCCUCACUGGAUGAGAGCCCUUCAGGAAGCGAAGGGAUGUAUCGGGAGACUCAAGAGGCAUUGUUUGAAUCUCUAACCAGUAUUCUUCGAUUUAUGACUUCCUUCCCACUAGCCGGUGAGGCUCUACUAUCACCUCUCCCUGAUCAUCUUCUUAACUUGAUUGUAAAGGAAAAGGCUCCGAAAGAGAAUAUAUCAGAUUCUGGGAAGGGUGAUGGAAUAUUGUUGGGAGACAAGAAAUCGAAGUCAGAGGAGAAAAAGGAUUUUCCCACAGAAAGGAAGAGUAGCAAUAACAGGGAUAUGAGGAAUGGCAAUGUUGCAGUGUCAAAGAAGGAAGUAGAUGUCAACAUAUUGGCUUGUGAGGAGCUUGUUUCAAAAACGUUGAAGCUUCCUCUCUUAUCUGAUUCAUAUUCUGCUGUUGCCAAGGUAAAGAAUAAGAGCAUAGAAAGAAACAAAGGUUUCCAUGAUGUAGCUGAGGAGUCUGUGGAGCCAAAACUUAUCCAAGAGAUUGGCUGGGAGAAUCCAAGGGCUGGGUCAGCUCUAGAUAUUGAAGUGGUAGAUCCCCUCAAUCCGAACGUCAUCCAGAGAGUGACUUCGCAUGAGCAAGACACUAUGAAGUUGCCUUCUGCAAAGGAGCAUGCCUCGUCUGGUAGAAAAAGAAAACCAAAAGGUAGUCACAGUAAUGCCAGUCCAGAUGCAGAGGGAGCAAAAGAAAGCUUGAGGGUGGGUUUGUCUUUGGUGCUGAAUAGUAAGCAGACUGCUCAUGCGAGCAAUUCUACGAACAAAAGGGAAUCAGGAGGCAAAAAAUCUGACAGGUCAUUUCAAAAGGCUGGAGAUUUGUAUAGAGAUGUUUUUGGAGAUAUUGGAGAAUCAGAACGUGAAGAGAACCAAACAAGUUCUUUGGAAAUUCUUCCUGAUGAUCGGCCGAAGAUAGCUGAUAAGAUUGGAAAAAAUACAUCAGCCAUUAUCAAUGGGCAUAGUGAUAUAUUAAGUGUUAACAAAACUGAGGGUGUAAUGGUAAAUGAAUCGAGCCCCAGAGCAACUAUGGGUGCACAUUCUAUCUCAGCAAAUGUGAAUAUUGCCAGACCUUCCCUUGCAACUGCUGCUCCUGUAUUGAUAAAAGAAAAUUGGGUUUGUUGUGAUAAGUGCCAGAAGUGGCGUCUUCUCCCGAUAAACAUAAAUCCGGCCGAGUUACCUGAGAAGUGGUUGUGCAGCAUGCUUAACUGGCUGCCUGCAAUGAAUCGCUGCAGUGUUGAGGAGGAAGAAAGUACAAAAGCUGUUUUUGCAUUGUAUCAUGUUCCUGCGAAGAACAUGCAGUCAUCAACCCGAUCUGGAAGCCUGACUGAUGUGACUCGAUCUCCUGUAAUUGUUGAGCCGGAUCUAAAGCCUCUAAUCAAAUGUGAUUUUCCUGUUGAGAAACACAAAAAUAAUCAGAAAGAAAAGCAUAAAUUGUCGGAACACGGUUCUGAUGGAGGUGAUACCAAAACGUCAAAGAUAAAAGGAAAAAGGAUCACUGAUCAAGAUUCUUUAAGGCCCCCCAAGAAAAUUAAGGGUGAAAAACAUCUUUCUGGCGAAGAUUGGAUGUUUGACCAUGCUGGCAAGGGUGGGCCUAGCACAAGUAAUGAUUUGCCUAGCACAUCAGUAGGAAAGGAUCAGCCUAAACACAGUCAAAAUUUUUCUUUUAAGGAUUCGAAGUUGGAUAAGGACAGGCAACAAGUGUCUGGUAAAAGACUAAAUGAUAAAGUCCAGGUUUCCUUAACUGAUGGAUCAUUGGAUCCGAUGAAUUGUGAUGGUGUGGAAGUUUCAAGAAAGAGGAAAGUUGAUGAACGGGUGAGAAAUCACCUCCAGGGUAGCAGAGUACUUGUAAAGGAAGAGUUCAGUGAGAAUGACAACAGGAAGGAAAAGAAGGCCAGGGUAUCCAAAUCUGGAGGGAAGGAUUCUUCUGCAAGUAAAAGCAGUGGGAAACUAGAGAAAAAAGGUAAACAUACACAGAAGCACCUAAGUGGGCAAGAUCUAGCUAGCACUCUGUCUCAGCAAAGAUUAGAUGGUAUGGAUUCACUGAAAAGGGAUUCUGGAUCUGCCCAGCCUUCUUUAGCAGCUACCUCAAGCUCAUCUAAGGUUUCUUGUUCACAUAAAUCAAAAUCUGGCUUCCAUGAAACAAAAGGCUCAUCAGUAGAAUCAGUUUCCUCAUCUCCUAUGAGAAUUCCUAAUCCUGAUAGACUUCAAUUAACGAGGAAUGUUGCAGGGAAAAACGAGUAUUAUGAUAAUGGCCUUUUUGUUUCAGAUAGUCCAAGAUGUACAGAUGGUGAAGAUAAUGGUGGGAGUGAUAAGUUAGGGACAGUAAGGAAGGAAAAUACUUCAACUGCAGCUCAACAUGGGUCCCUUGAGCCCUUCUUACUUGAUAGUCAGGAUAAAUUUGGUGAUCAAUCAGGUGGCAGUAAAGCUAAGGCGCCAAUUAAGCCUUCCCCUGAUACUGGAAAAAGGCAGUUAAUGAAUGAUACUGAUGAUUAUUUAGGAGGCCAAGAGGCCCAAUUUUCUGGUAAAUCAACGACGAUAAAUGAACACCAUGAUGAGGAAACUCAAAAUGAAAACUGUAGCAAUGCCAAUGUCUCUCAUUCAAGAAAGUCAUGCCAAGGGUUCUCGUGGCCAAAAGACAGGAGUCAUAAUUUUAAAUCUGGUUCAGUUGAUGUACAGCAACAUCACAUGCCUUCAUAUGACAUAAGACCUAGGGACGGUAGAAGUCAGUUUCUAGAGAGGCCUGGAGUAAAGUCUGAUGAAAUUGAGAAUAGAUUUGUUGAAAAUAAAGAAUCUUUGGGAAAAUUGUCUGGUGAGAUUGGUAAAAGAGAGAAUGAAUCAAAUGGUCAAUCAGAUGCCAAACCAGUUGCCACUGGAGGUCAUGAUGCAAUGUCUACUGUGAAGCAGAAUCCUGUGCAGGGCAGAGACGGUGAAGAAUAUACAAAGAGGUUUCACUCUGAAAAUUCUGAUCAUGCAGAAAUUGCUUCUGAGAGAAGGAAGCCACUAUCACUACCACCCCCUGGAGGAAUUCGAAAUGAGAAGCUGACUCGUCAUCCUGAUAUGGUUUCUGGGUCCCAAAAGCAAAAUGGAACUGAUGGAUCUCAAGCUCAUGAUGCAUUCAAGGUACAGAAACAAAUAAAGAAAGCUGAUCAUCAAAGUGGGAGUCAGCAGAAUAGUUCAAGACAUACUACAGCAGGUGGACAUAUGAGGGAUGUUAGUGCCCCAAGUCCAAUGAGAAAGGAUUCCUUAAGUCAGGUAGCUAACAAUGCUUUGAAGGAGGCUAAAGAUUUGAAGCACCUGGCUGAUCGUGUGAAGAGUUCUGGAUCAAAUGGGGAGAGCACGGCACUUUACUUCCAGGCAGCACUGAAGUUUCUUCAUAGUGCUUCUCUACUAGAAUCUUGCAACAAUGAGAAUACCAAAAAUGGCGAGAUGUUGCAAUCAGUGCAAAUUUAUAGUAGCACUGCAAAACUCUGCGAGUUCUGUGCCCAUGAAUACGAGAGAUUGAAGGACAUGGCUGCUGCUUCUUUGGCCUACAAGUGUAUGGAGGUGGCUUAUAUGAGAGUUAUCUAUUCCUGUCAUGCCAAUGCAAGUAGAGAUCGGCAUGAGUUGCAGGCAGCUUUACAAAUGGUUCCUCCUGGUGAAUCUACUGCUUCUGAUGUUGAUAAUUUAAACCAACCAACAUUAUCAGACAAGGCUGCUUUUCCAAAAGGUGUUAAUUCUUUCCAGGCUGCCGAAAGUCAUAUUAUUUCUGCUCGAAGCCGUCCUUACUUUGUUCGGUUGCUCAAUUUUGCACAGGAUGUAAAUUAUGCAAUGGAAGCUUCAAGGAAAUCACGAGCUUCUCUUGCAGCUGCCAGUUCAAGUUUGGGAGGGGCUAAAAGUGGGGAGGCUAUAUCAUCUGUGAAGAAAGCUCUUGAUUUUAGCUUCGAAGAUUUGGAGGGAGUGCUACGUUUGGUACGAGUGGCAAUGGAAGCCAUUAGCCAUUAAGGAAAAAAUCUGGGUGGUAAGGAUGGUUGUAUACUAGGAGGAAAUUUGUUUUGAUGGUUUAUCCCUUGGCCAUGAUGGUCUAGAUCGGAAUAGGAAGAGGGGUUGGUCAGUACUUCCUGAUUCGAUCCUGAACACUUCCAAGCUUUCAAAUGCUUGUUUUGUAACACUCGCUGUACAUGUGUGCUAUACAAGACAAAUCUGGGAUUUUCAGUACACAUUCUCACUGGCUUCAACU